AUGGGAACAGACAACCAGACGUGGGUAAGAGAGUUUAUUCUCCUCGGCCUGUCCAGAGACUGGGACACUCAGGUGUCUCUCUUUGUCCUGUUCGUGGUCAUGUACCUGGUGACAGUGCUGGGGAACUUCCUCAUUGUUCUUCUGAUCAGACUGGACAGCCGACUCCACACUCCCAUGUACUUCUUUCUCACCAACCUCUCCCUGGUUGACGUCUCUUAUGCCACAAGCAUCGUCCCUCAGAUGUUGGUUCAUUUUCUUACUGAACAGAAAGUGAUUCCCUAUGUGAGCUGUGCGGCACAGUUAUUCUUCUCCCUGGGAUUGGGUGGUGUUGAAUUUGUUCUACUGGUGGUGAUGGCCUAUGACCGCUAUGUGGCUGUGUGUGACCCCCUGAGGUAUUCAGUCAUCAUGCAUGGAGGGCUCUGUACUAGGCUGGCCAUCAGCUCCUGGGUCAGUGGCUCUGUUAACUCUGUCAUGCUGACUGCUAUCACCUUUCAGCUGCCCAUGUGCUCAAAUAAGUUUAUUGAUCACAUAUCCUGUGAACUCCUAGCUGUGGUCAGACUGGCCUGUGUGGACACCUCCUCCAGUGAGAUCGCAAUCAUGGUUUCUGCCAUUGUCCUGCUGGUGUCCCCAUUCUGCCUGGUUCUCUUGUCCUACAUCAAGAUCAUCACCACCAUCCUACAGAUCAGGUCCACAGAGGGCAGAAAGAAAGCCUUCCAAACCUGUGCCUCUCACCUCUCAGUGGUGGUCCUGUGCUAUGGCAUGGCCAUUGUCACUUACAUCCAGCCCCACUCCAGUCCCUCUGUCCUUCAGGAGAAGUUGAUCUCUCUCUUUUAUGCCAUUUUGACACCCAUGCUGAACCCCAUGAUUUACAGUCUAAGGAAUAAGGAGGUGAAGGGGGCCUGGCAGAAACUCUUAGGACAAUUAUCUGGAUUAAAGUCGAAGCUGGCAACUUGA